AUGGCGGAUUCCAUCGAGCCCGGCGGUAACUCGGAAGGGAUGGCCCGCCUAGCCCUCGAGGACAGGGUCUGCGAUGAAGCCGCCAAGAGCCGCGAGAGGAAAGGCGGCCGCGGGGGCGCAGCAAAAAGCGGCGGCGGCACAGGGCAAGGACGGGAUGUGCAGGUCUCGAGGACGCUGUCUCGGCUGCUGAGGCACCAGGCGGAGAGGGCCGGGAUCAAGCUGGAUGGUGAGGGGUUUGCGCCGCUGGACAAGGUGCUCGCAUGGGGCCCCUUGCGGUCUUUAAAGGUCACCCUUGCAGACGUGCAGUCCCUCGUCGCCACAAACGACAAGCAGCGCUUCUCCCUCAAGCUCAACCCGGAGACCACCAACCCGGACCCGUCAACGGCCGGCGCCAGCGCGGCGGAUUACCUGGUGCGCGCCAACCAGGGCCACUCGAUCAAGCUGGACUCGUCGACGCUGCUGGAGCCCAUCACGCUGGAAGACGUGCCGCUGAGGGUCCUGCACGGCACCUACUUCGCCUUUUGGCCGGCCAUCGAGGCGGCGGGCGGGCUGAAGCCCAUGGGGCGCAACCACGUGCACUGCUCGACGGGCGACCCGGACGACAGCGGCGAGGGCGGGCCGGCUGUCGUCAGCGGCAUGAGGCGAGAUGCUGAGCUCGUCAUCGAGAUUGACGUCGAGGGCAGCCUGCGCGAGGGGGUCAAGUGGUGGCGCAGCGACAAUGGCGUCGUGCUGACCGAGGGGAAUCAAGACGGCGGCCUCCUCAGCACCAGGUUCUUCAAGAAGGUCACGGGCCGAAAGAUGGACGUCGGCGUGCUUUGGGAGGAUGGCGAGAAGAAGGCAGACCUGCCGGCGGGCAUCAAGGGGAGGGGACACGGGAAUAAGACAUUCGAUUAUACCCAAGGCCUCCUCUGGACCAAGUAG